AUGGCUGAGCAGACAGGUGAGGUCAGUCACCUCAAGGUUCGAGCUUGCUUGCUGGUGGUGAUGUGCCUGUGGCAGUGGACACAGCAGACUCUGGCAACAGCAUGUAGUGAUGGUGAACUGAGAGUCAUCAGUAAAGAUGAAAAGAAAUGCUGCCCCAAAUGCAUCUCAAACACAGGAGACAACAGCACAUGUCAAAAUACCCAGGACCAUGACUGCAGAUGUCGUCAGGGAUACAGCUGUGUUGACAGUGCAUGUCUCUACUGCCAGAAGCUGCCUGAGUGUGCAGCGGGCGAGGAGCUGGUGAAGCUGGGCAGUUUAGACUUCACAUUCAAAUGUAAGCCAUGUGAGAUGGGAACCUAUUCUAAUGUGAAGAAUGGCUGGUGCCGUAACUGGACUGAUUGUGAAAGCACUGGGUUUCUAACAAUCAAGCAAGGCAACAGUACACAUAAUGCAGUAUGUGGUCUACUUGCUAAGGAAUUGGAGCAAGCUCCUAUUGCAAUUGACUCUCUCUAUACCACCAUCCUGGCCAUCCUGACUGCAGUGGCUGUGUUUGUUCUCAUCUUGCUGACCUUCAUCUUGCAUUUCUGCAUAUGGUCACUGAAGAAAGAAAAGUACCAUGCAGCUGAUGAUCUGGAACAUAUCUACCCUAAGCAGAUGGUGGCUCCACAACUGUCACAGCACAGAGAAGAGACUUAUAGCUGCCAGCUUCCAGAAGAAGAACAUGGAGACAAAGCACCAGAAGAAAAGCAUUGCUAUUUCCACCCUCAGAGCCUACAGUGA